AUCGCGGCAAUCAUCGCUAAUAAUAAAAAAACAACAAAAAUGCGUUUUGUAAUUAAUUAUUUAACUAACAACAAAAAAGUGUGUUGAAUAUUGUUGCUGAAUAUUUUUCGUGAACUAAGUAUUUGUGGCGCUAUUUUCGAGUCACCAGCCAAAAUUCCCUAGAUUUUUGACUUUCGACAGAUUGACAGGUCGCCGUGAAAGUUUGCGUUUGGGUUGUUAUUACGCCUCUUGUAUUUUUAAAUUUUGCCAAAAUGCGUUUGUUAUGAAAGCGUCUGCGGCUGGGUUUUCGCGUUUACGGCGUUAUUGAUGUCCGUGAAGUCCUUUCCACCGGUAAUCGAUGAAGAUGUUUGAAUCGAUUUUACAGUACGUUAGAAGUUGGUUUCCAGCCAACGAACUGUCCACUUCUAAUGAAUUUUCUCGUAAACGCAGAGGUUCAGACAAUUACACCCACUUUAGAAGCCCCAAACACCGAAAGAUACUCUCCACAGUGACCAACAACAUCUUCGACGAUGACAGUUUCCCCUCGCCUUUGAGAUCGUCGUCCAUGUUGCGGCCUUUGAACGGUAGUGAUCGGACUGUGGUCAUUGAUGAUGAAGACGACGAAAGACCGCUGACGAAACCCGUUGAUAUUAAACGCAAAUCGUCUGAGAACCGUUUGAAACUGAACGGGAACGACGAUUUGAGUUUCCUGAAGUCGGCGAAAAGCACGGCUGAGAAGAAACUAGAGGCUAAAAAAGCCGGCGUCGAGUAUAUUACUCGAUUUUCGUCGAGCUACGAACCUGUGACCACGAAAUCUCCAAAUAUGCAGAACGGCACGAAACCUAAGUCAAAAGUUUCGCCGAGUUUGAAAAAUCAACCAAAAACACGUUCCUCCUUAAAUAAUACGCUGUCUUCGCCUACUUUGGACUACUCAAUUCGCCUAGAUGAUAAGAAAAAAUAUCAAAUGUUGCUGGAAAAUGUGGCGUUGCAGAAUACUUUUAAUAACUCUUUCAAUAGCUCGUCGAUUUAUGGAACUCCGGUUGGAGGGAUGUUUAAUCGGUCGAGGAGAUUGGUGGAGAUGGCGAGGUCGCCUAAGCAGAAAUCGUUCGAAGUUAUCGAUCUCACAAGCGAGAAUAAGACUAAAUUAUCGACGAAGGAUAAAGUUAUUAAGAUUUUAGAUGAUUUUGAGAGCGAGACUGCGGUUAUUGAAGACUCGGAUUCGGACGUUGAAAUUUUGCCAACUCCACCGUCGCCCAAACCGGAUAUUAAAGUGCCGCCGGUGAAUAGUUUGAAGACUGUUAUUGAUACUUCCAAGCCCACGCACCAUAAAUGGUUAGAGGAUGUCACGAAAAAGCACGAACAAUAUGUGGUGGACAAGUCCAAAGAGAUCCAAGCUUACGAAAAAAGCUCGUCCACCUUGAGCGAAAUCAACCGCGACAUGCUAAUCAAAGCCCUAACUCGAAAGGUCCAAGAUUCCCUCGCCAUCAAAGACUCCAUCCUGCCCCUGAUCGAGGACGAAGAAAUAGAACUCCCGGCCCUAACCGACGACCAAAUCCGAAUAAUGAAGAAGGCCUUCUCGGGCGACCCCAACGAAGUCCUGACGAAAAAGUUCAACCUCAACGUCAACCGCCGCGACAUCCAGACCCUGGCCGGCCUCAACUGGCUCAACGACAACGUGAUCAACUUCUACAUGAACCUGAUCAUCGAGAGAGGGACAGACUCCAAGUGGCCGCGGGCGUACGCCAUGAACACGUUCUUCUACCAGAAGUUGUCGACCAGCGGCCCCGAGUCGCUCAAGAGGUGGACGAGGAAGGUGGAUCUGUUCUCGUACGAGUUCAUCUGCGUGCCUAUACAUUUGGGGAUGCACUGGUGCAUGGCCAUCAUCAACCUGAAGGAGCAGACGAUCAAGUACUACGACAGCAUGGGGAAGUCGAACAACCAGUGCUUGAACGCGCUGAGGGGCUACCUGGAGUUCGAACACAUGGACAAGAAGAAGGAGGCGUUCAGUACGAGGGAUUUUGUGUUGGAGAACGUGCAAGACAUUCCGCAACAAAUGAACGGGAGUGACUGUGGGAUGUUUUCGUGUACGUUUGCGGAAUUUGCGACGAGGAAGGCGAAAUUCACGUUCCAGCAGGAAGAUAUGCCUUACUUGAGGAAGAAGAUGGUGGUCGAAAUUUUAACGGGACAGUUGUUGAUACAGUAAGUGUCAAUGAAGUUGUACAGCGUUUUUCACAUACUUAACUUUUUUCAUUUCAUUAAUGCGGAUCUGUAGAGUUAGAGAUCGAGGAGGUGUUGUGAUAUACACAUUUUUUAUUUUAUGUAUUGCGUCAGGUUACAAAAAUAAAAUAACUUAUUGAUUUCAUUUCUAUAAUUUUAUAUUGUGUGUGCAGCAUUAAGAAUUUAAAUAAAUCGUUAAUUUGAGAAUUA